AUGGGUAUGUGUCCAGUGGCCCAGGAAGAGGCCUCGAAACGGGGAGCGGGGGGGGAGCAGGGUGCUUGGUAUGCCCGCGGUUUACGCACGGCUGCUGGGAGAGAACUUGUUGGUAUUUGGGCUAAGGGGGAGUACUGGUCGCAGGCUGAAGGCAGGCUUUUCCUCCGCUGGUCCCCGUCUCUGCUCCUCGUCUUCUCCGCUCGGGACGAUUUCAAGAUGGCGACUGGGAGAAGCGUCAAGCUGGAGGCGCUCGCGGCCACUUCCGGUUUACGAAAGAGACACGAGCGGAAUUUUUGGGUUUGA